AUGGCGUUUCGACAACCCGCUUCUGAUUUAUCGGCUGCGUGUACGUUUUCUGACAAGGAAGGUGCUUCUUCUGCUAAGAAUGUCCAGUUGACUAGAGUGUAUGAUUUGGUAGCUGUGCUGACCCAUAAAGGCAGAAGUGCAGAUUCAGGCCAUUAUGUUGCUUGGGUAAAGCAAGAAAUGGUCAGAAAAUGGGUUCAGUUCGAUGACGAUAAUCCGAUCCCACAAAGGGAAGAAGAUAUAACAAAACUUUCUGGAGGAGCCAAGAAGGUAGACUUGACUGAUGUGGGCAUUGUCGGCGGUUUGUCUAUUGGGGUCGAAGAGAAGCAUAAAGGACUUCCAAAUUCUCUGUACAUGGGUCGAGCUAUUGGCACUGGAUCUGGGCUCGGUGGUUACGUUUUGGGAGGGAGAAGUUGUUGAUACAAAGAAUUAUGCAUUCUUCACCAACAAAUGGAAAGCAACGUCAGAAGUUGACAUAGAUCACUGGACAAAAUUUUCAUCUUUUUCACCUCUUUUAAGUCAAGUUGAAGUUGAUGGUGGGAAGUCAUUGGACCUAAGCAACUAUCAAUACAUAUUUAUGCCAAAUAUUCUGGUUUGGGGAUCUCAACUACAGGUUAUACUUGGAAAAUGAUUUAGCUAGGGAGCUAAUAAAAAAGCAAGAUUGGAGUGCCCUUCAAGAGUUUGAUCAGCUAAGGCAGGAACUCAGAGAUGGUGGAUGCCGUUCAUGGGACAGGUGUGACAGGAUCUUAUGGUAUGGAAAAGGAGUAAAACAACAUUCUUAUUUCCGUAGUGAGAGCAAGUUCUCCCACCAUUAGGCCCGUAUCGGCUCUUUUGUCUACACAAAUUGAACUCAUCAAGUCUGAGGAACAAGAAAGAGGUAAGGGGGAGGCUUCAUCUACAUUGCAUUCACUAAUGUCCAAAGAGUAAGAAGCACUAUCAUCAAACAAAAAAUGUCCUAGAACAAACAAAAGGCUAUGAUGCUGAGUUCAUUGGAUAAGAUAAACUCUUAGUGACUAAACAUUAUUAAGUUUUAGUUUCCAUGAUUCUUUUAUUGAUUAGCUUUGUUUUGGUUCCAACAAUGAAACAAUGAAACUGAAAACUAUGCUAAAAUGUUAGAUUAUACUA